AUGACGUUCAAGGACGGCGUGGCGUACCCGUGGUCGGGCGGGGUGUCGAACCUGAUUCUGUACCCCGAGGCGGCCAACCAGACGCUGUACACGCGCCGCGCCGCCCGCACCGACUCCGGAAACUACACCUGCCGCCUCAGCAACGACACCCACAGCGAGACGCACACGGUGCGCCUCGACAUCCUAGAAAAGCCGACAGAUGCGCCGAAAACGAUGUUCAUCUCGAAGGACCAAUGGGUGGAGGAGGGCAGCGAGGUGCGGCUGUACUGCGAAGCUCUCGUCGGCCGCACGUAUCUGGCUGACGCGCGGAGCGACCUGCGCUGGUGGAAGGUCUGGCCUAACGGCACUGAGGGCGAUCUGCUGCCCACGCAGCGUCAAAUCAAAACAGCACGGGACGACGUGGAGGACAUAAUCGGCGCGUAUCUGACAGUCGACCGAGUGUCCGCCCAGGACUACGGAACCUAUGUAUGCCUCGUCCACAGCAACGAAAUCGUGUCACGAAGCUAUGUCACGCUGCAUUACAAAUUGUGGUCGGGCGGCGACGGCGCGUGGUGCGGCGGGGGCGUGGUGCCGUGGCGCGCGCUCGCACUGGGCGGCGCCGCCGGGGCCCUGCUGCUGCUCACCGUUGCCGCUCUGCACCGCCGCUGCACGCCGCGGCUGCUGCUCGCCGCGAGGCACGCGCGCGCCCGCGCCGCCACCGCCGCGCACCGAGCACGAGUGCUAGAGAAGGAGUUCGACGUGCUGGUCUGCUGGACGGAGGUGGACGGCGAGCUGGUGCGCGGCGCCCUCCUGCCAACCCUCGCCCUCAAGUACAAGUACCGCGUCCACGCAGCGGUGCUCUCCACGCAGCCCGACAACUGGUACAGCGAGCUGGUGGGCGAGGCGUCGCGUUGCCGCUCGCUGGUGGCCGUGCUCUCGCCCGCUCAGUACACGCCGCAGCAGCUGCUGACCGCGCUGAGGCAGCUGCGCGCGCUGCCGCUGCCGCCCGUGGUCGUACUGCUGCAGGACCUGCCGAAGCUGAAGCGCGAGGCGAAGGAGGGCGGCGAGUGGCUGGUGGGGGCGCUGCGGCGCACUAGGCUCGUCGCCUGGCGGCACGUGCACGAGCGCGCCUUCUGGACCGCGCUGCGGCUCGCGCUGCCUCUGCCCCCGCCGCACCCCGCGCCCCCGCACUCGCCCACGGAGAAAUCAAACCCCACCGAAGCGGGGGAGAGCAAAAACUGCCGCUCGGGGAGUUUGACCGCGCUUGUG